GACUUAUAACUUAUACAACUACAAACAUUUGGUAUUGCUAGGUUUCGUGCUCCCUACCAGAAUAUACGGCGGCAGUUGAGAAGAGUCCAUUGCACAAGAUUACCGAUCGAUAUCUGAAACUACCAAGCGCCGAGAAGUUUUGAAAGGAAGUCCGGGUAUAUCCACGAGUGCAACUGGUGGAGUAACUAGAGGCUGCGUGAGACAGACAUUGAACAAAACUUUGCCUCAAUACUUUAACCAGAGCGAAUCCACUAACGCGUGUACGGUUCAUUGCACUUGUUCGUCUCUAUUCUCCCGAGAACACGAGUAUUUAAAGGUGCUGCGUACAAGGGAAGGCAAUCUCGACAUCACACAACACACGGGAUUUGAUCUUGAAGUCACGGGAUCACCAAAAGAAAGAGAAGAGUGGCUACAAGCAAAGGAAGCAAGGAUCACGAGUUGUUGUGAGGCUACAGCGCAUUCACUACAUCUGUGAAAUUUGGGAGUAUUCGAGGUCUUUGGAUCAAGGCCAAUCAUAACAGAUUCAGGUUGCAAAAUUGCUUUCCCGAAAACUGCCUUGUUGGAAAUUCUAGAAAGAUGGAUACUUUAUUAACUGCGGAAAUUGCUGCCAAUUCUCCUCGUUUUCGUCGAAGAUCUUCAACUUUCAUCGAUGGAGUUCAUGAUUUGCCAGAUGAGAAGGCCACUAUGGCUCCGGCUCAAUUGUAUUCAACCGAGUCGGGUAGACUUUUUCAUUCCGGAAGAAUCGCCAUCGUUCUAGUUGGUCUUCCUGCGCGUGGAAAAACACAUAUCUCUGUCUCUCUUUCGCGUUAUCUACAAUGGUUAGGUGUUAAGACAAGAAUCUUCCAUCUGGGAGAUUAUCGUCGUGCUACGAUGGGUCCAGGUCAGGAUGUUCCUGAUGACUAUUUCUUUAUCAAUGCAUCUGCUGCUUCAGUUAUGCUUAGACAAAAGAUUCUCAAGAAGUGUCGUGAAGACAUUUAUGCCUGGCUCAAUCAUGAAAAUGGUCAAGUUGCUAUCUAUGAUGCUGUCAACCCACUUUCUGGUGGUCGCAGAUCUCUUGCAAAAGAGUUUGCUAAGCACGAUGUUCAGACGUUGUUCCUUGAAUCAUACGUCACAGAUGAAAAAAUACUUCAGGAGAAUGCUCGAAGUGUUAAAAUCUCAUCUCCAGAUGUAAACCUCCCUUCAGAGUGUUGGAAGUACCAGGAUGAUGCUAAGAUACCACAAUCGCAGUUUGUUGGCAUGGAUCCUGAGGAUGCUGCCAAACUUUAUCUCAAGAGGAUUGAUAUGAAGAUCCCUCACUUCGAGACUAUGACUGAACCUGACCUUAACUAUGUCAAGAUGAUCAACGCUGGCGAGCGUAUUGAUUAUAAUAAUGUCAGUUUUGGCUAUCUUUCUCAUCGGAUUGUCUUCUACCUCAUGAAUCUCCAUAUCAAAUCUCGUCAAACAUUUUUUGCUCGUGCAGGCACAUCUAGUCUGGAUGAUUCCUACAAAGCCGAUGCAUCACUCUCUGAUGAAGGUCGAGAAUAUGCUAAGAAAAUGUCUGAUGCAUUACUCAAACACCGUGAAGAAGAGAGAGCAGCAUCUAUUGCAGCAGGUGGCUCUGAUGCACCUCUUAAACCACUGACGGUUUGGUCCUCGACUAGAAAGAGAACAGUGGAGACCGCAGAGUAUCUUAAAGGAAAGGGAUUUAGAGUUAGACAGAGAAGUCAAAUGAGUCAGCUGAAUCCGGGAAUUUGUGAGAAGUUGAGUGAGAAGGCGAUGAAGAGACUGUAUCCUGAUGAGGUCAAGAUGCAUGAGUUAGAUCCUUAUCAUCACAGAUAUCCGCGUGCUGAGUCAUACCAUGAUCUCGCAGUCCGCAUGGAACCAAUUAUUCUUGAACUCGAGAGAGAACAGAAUGACCUGCUGAUCAUUGCUCAUGAAUCUGUUUUGAGGGUUCUCUAUGGUUAUCUUAUGGCUUGUGAUGCCAUGAACAUUCCUACACUUAAGUUUCCUAGAAAUGAGAUUAUUGAGAUAAUCCCCGCCUCCUACCAAAACGAAGCAAAACGCAUUCAUAUCGAUGGACUCGCACCAGAAAUCAUUCCGGGCUCCCCAGAAGAUAUUAGAAUUCCUGUUCCACCAUCUACUGCUCCCUCGGGCGUUCAGAGUCCCUUUUCAGGGAUCGGAACGCCAGCUUUGGGAGGUAGUGGGGUGGCUACACCUUCCGGGGAGGUGAAAGGAAUCAACCCUCUGUCACAGGAUUAGGGGAAUCAUAGGGAGGCAUAAUAGGAUGGGAGAAAGAAGAAAGGGAGGGCAUUGGAAAGGGAAAAAUUGAUGAUUCGAAAUGGGAUGACAUGAAGAUGCGGCACGAGAGAAACGCGGGAAGAAACGUGAAUUCCGGAAAUGAAUACAAGUAUAGAUACAAAACGAGUUUUCUCCUUUUUGACUUUCCCUUACGUUUUGUCGUGUCAAGUUACAAUACUGAAAGCAUAUGCACACA